AUGAAGACCAACUACCUGCCCCUCUACUCUCUAAUUACCCUGAUUCCCCUAGGCUUCGCCUUGACGGUCUACUACACCCGGCGCUUAGAGAAAAUGGACAAGCACCGCCGCUCCACGUCCAAGAUGGUGAAAUACACCAAUUCCAUCGCAGCCUGGCUGACAAGCUGCCUAGGAACCCCUCGUCCCGUCGACGCCACAUCCACCACCACCACCACCACCACCAUCAUUCCCAAAGACGUCAACGUCGACCUGGAAAUGCAGCAGGACUUCACCAUGGGCCGCUACGGCAACCUUCUCCCCACCCACAAGGCCGACCGGGCGCGGGCGCAGGACUUCGGCUUAGGUUGCAACGGCUCCCCUUACAACAACGUAGCCAACACCCUCACAGCCCCUACCCUGCCGGCCCCGUCCUUCUCUACCUCCUCGAUCAGCCGCUGCUCCAGCGCUACCCCUGGCCCAGCGUCCUCGUCUCACCGUCUGAGCACCGCCUCCUCCGCCACCGUCUCCUCCACCGCAGCCGCCCUAGGCAUCGGGACCCGGUCCGAAAACCCCACUGCCAUCGUCGCCGGCCUAUCCCUAGUCCCGAAGCCAUGGUACGUCGUCCCGGACGAAGACAUGGACGAGCAGUUUGACCCCGCCCCGGCCUUCAUGCGGCAGACGGCGGUGCUGGGCAAGGCGAGCGUGUUCCGGCCGGAGGCGCAGCAGCAAUACGAGUUGGACGAGAAGGCGAAGGCCGAGUUGCCCCAGGACGACGGGUUCGUGCGUGUUCCUCUCACUGGCGCGGGUGACACGUGCCUCCUGGCAGAGCAUAGCGAUGAAGAGCCAGAUGAACAUGCUGUCUCGAGGCAUCAAUAA